GUUUAUGUCCUCGCUCCUCGGGAAGCGGUGCUCCGGAGAAUGGGGCUUUGUCGCCGGGACCCCGCCAGGAAGGAUGUCCGGUCUGCACUGCCGCAGGGCGUGAGCGCCGGCCGGAGCACGGAGCGUCCACGCCGGCGACUCUCAUCCGCAGCCCUGCUGGGCGGCAGAGGCUCGGCGGAGGAGGGAAGGAGACGCUAAAACCCGCGGGGAGACAGACGCGCCCUCGUCGAAGGGGAGGCGGGGGACGAGCUGGAGGAAGCGAGGAUGAGUGAGGGGGACGGGGCAGAGGUGGCCCAGGUCCCCGAGGAGGAGUUGCUGAGCUGGGACAAGGAGCGGCUGGUGCUGAGGCUGCGGAGGGCGGAGGAGGAGAAGAUCGCGGCGCUGGUCCAGCGCGGCCGCCUGAUCCGCCAGGUGAACGGGCAGCUGCGGGAGCACCUGCUGGAGGUCCGGGAGCUGAAGGCGGUGAACCGCCGGCUGCAGGAGGAGAACCGGCAGCUGAGCGAGCUGUGCUGCUUCCUCGACAACGACCGGCUCAAGGCGAAGGGGCUGGCCAGGGAGUGGCAGGGGCUGGGCAGGCACGCCGUGCGGGUGCUGAGCGAGGACGUGAGCGACUACCUGGGCAGGCUGGCCGAGCUGGAGCGGCUGCAGGGCGCGCUGGUCACCGAGAACCUGCAGCUGAAGGAGCUGUGCCUGGCGCUGGACGCCGAGGCCAGGACCGCCAGCGACGGCAGCCCGGCCGGAUCCUCCGACCUCGGCGCGCCGUGCGGGGCCCGGGACCUGGGCGACGGCAGCUCCAGCACGGGCAGCGUCGGCAGCCCGGACCAGACGCAGCCCUCCUCCUCCUGCGCCGGAGACUGAAGCGGCGGAGCGGCGCCGGCUCCAGCUGACCGACCGCCGAGCCACGCGUGGGAAUAACGGCGUCCCGGGUUCUGAAUUGGGAGACCGUGUCCCCGGACAUGGCGGACUGCGGUUCAGAACUUUGGGAGAGGGCAUCCCGGAUAGAGGCGAGACCGUGGCCCGGGAGUUUGGGAUAUGUGAGUGAGACUGUGGCGUGGACCAUUGAGAGACGGUGUCCCGGGACAUCGGAGACUGUUCCAGAAUGUCUGAGACUGUGGCCCAGGACGCCGGGAGAUGGUGUCCCGUGAUAUUGGACAAGGUGCCACUGAGUCAAAUUGAUACGGAGUGUCCCUGGACAUUUUGAGACGAUGGUCCGGAUCAAUGGGCGAUGUUGCCCCAGGGUGUGAGAGACUCUGGCCCGGGAUGUUGGGAGAUGGUAUCCCAGGGUAUAGGUGAGACCAUUCCCUAGAAUAUGGGUGAAACUAUGGCCUGUGACGAGGGUAUCCCGGGAUAUGCGAGAGUGUGGCCCAGAUUAUUGGGAGACUGGGACCUGGGACAUUGGGAUAUAGUUGAGACCGUGUCCCAGAAUAUUGGGCGAUUGGGAGAGGAAAUGUUUGAUGGGUCAUUAGCGAAGACUGGGACGUGCCUGACAUCCCCAUGGCCGAGACGUACCACCUUCUCCCGCUUCGCUCUGGA